GCAUCGGCAGGGGGGGUCGGUGCCGGCCACUCGUUAGCUGUCGUCUCCGAGCAUCCCGCUGCGCACGGCGGCAUGCAGCGCUCCUGAUCCCGGCGGAGAUCCGCCGUCCUUCCCGCCUCUCGUCUUGGAUACUUUGAGGCCCGGCCAUGUCUGCCAGACAGAAGGGGACCCCGACCAAAGACAGCGUCAGCCUGCUGCCAUGUUUCUAUUUCGUAGAGCUGCCGAUCCUGGUGUCCUCGGUGGUCAGCCUGUACUUCCUGGAGUGGACGGAUGUGUUCAAGCCAGCGAAGUCGGGCUUCAACUGCCACGACCGCAGCCUGAGCCUUCCCUACAUCGACCCCAACCACGAGGUCAUCCCGCUGCUGGUGCUGCUCAGCCUGGCCUUCGCCGGACCCGCCAUCGCGAUAAUGAUCGGAGAGGCCAUCCUGUUCUGCUGUCUCUCUGGGAGGAGGAGCGGCGCCGAGGCCAACAUCAACGCCGCCGGCUGCAACUUCAACUCCUUCAUACGCAGAGCUGUCCGCUUUGUUGGCGUUCACGCUUUCGGUUUGUGUGCCACGGCCCUCAUCACCGACAUCCUCCAGCUGAUGACCGGCUACCCGACGCCCUACUUCCUCACGGUGUGUAAACCCAACUACACGGCGCUGAACCUCAGCUGCGAGCACAACCCCUACGUCCUGGAGGACAUCUGCUCGGGGCCGGACUCGGCAGCCAUCCUGCGGGGCAGGAAAUCCUUCCCGUCACAGCACGCUACCCUCGCAUCUUUUGCUGCUGUCUAUGUUUCGAUGUACUUCAACAGCACUUUGACCGACUCGUCCAAACUGCUCAAGCCCCUGCUGGUCUUCUCCUUCAUUAUCUGUGCCAUAAUUUGUGGCCUGACCCGGAUUAUUCAGUACAAGAACCACGCCGUCGACGUCUACUUGGGCUUCCUGCUCGGAGGAUCUAUCGCUUUCUACCUGGGUUUGUAUGCAGUGGGAAACUUUGAGCCUAGUGAGGAGGUUCGUGCCAGUCCUCCUCCAAUAAUGCACCGCCCCCCCUGCUCCUUGCCCCACAUCAGCCAGGAGGCUGUACUCCACCACCUGCAGAUGAAAGCCAGCAUGGCCGGGGAGCCGGGCAUGCACACCUCCCACUCCGAGGGCCUCCUCCACCGAGCGCUCCAGCAGCCCAGGGCUGAUGACGGUCUCAAGCGUUCCAGUGCCGAUGUGGAAGUGAUCUCCCCCCACAGCCCCCAAAGCAAGGACGGGUUUGUGACCUUUAGCCACACCCUUCCUCGAGUCCACACCCCCCAGGCCAUGGCAGCGUAUGAAGAAGCAGCUAGGCGUCACGCCGCCACCCUCCACCAUGCCUCCAUGGACUCCAGCCGCUCAAAGCAGCUUCUGUCUCAAUGGAAAAGUAAGAACAGCAACCACAAAUGCUCCCUGCAGGUCCCAGACUCCUUCUCCACCUCUGUAGAUUCCUCAUCAGGCCAGACCCCCCAGCAUCCGCACCACCACGGCAGUAUGGAGCUCCGAUCCAAUUCCGACCCAUCGGCCAUGGGCAUGAAUGGAGGCUUCGAUGCUCAUGCGUACAUGUCCAAACUGGCCACAGGAAGUAGCACAACUCUGCCCAGCAACUGCAGCGGCAUCACCGGCGGGGCCAGGAUAUCCAUGCAGUCUAGGCCUGGGUCGUCACAGCUCGUCCACAUACCCGAGGAGGCUCAUGAGAAUUACAACACCUCCUCCCCGAGGACGGGGGGGGCGAGAGGGGGAGAGAGUGAGGGCGUGACAAAGAUAAAUACCACAGUUCAAGCAAACUGGCAAAGGGCAGCGGAAAAGACCGCGGCCUGCAGGCCUGAGGAGAACGGGCACGCCGCCCAGCCGCGCAUCAUGCAGGUCAUUGCCAUGUCCAAGCAGCAGGGUCUGCUACAGACCCAUUCCAAGAGCCUAGAUGAGAGUGGCUUCGGCUGCGGCACCACUGGGGGUGGCCCGGGCUCCGCCCGCUACAGAGCUCUGACCGAUCAGGACCCCGCCGGCACCACAGGGCCAAACCCGAUGGGUAGCACCACCAGCAUUUCAGGGAGCUCGAUCGUCAGAGUAGAGGCCCACCCUGAAAACAGGCCCGUGAUUCAAGCUCCAUCCACGGAUGGAAGCGGGUCAUGGAGGUGGCGGUCGCUGGAUCACGGCAACGGAGCUGUCGGAGGCCCGGGGACUAGUGGAGCAGGGGGGGGAUCAGGAGGUGGGAGUCUGAGGCAGUCCUUCGACCUUAAUGAUCUCACCUCGGAAAGCUCAGACUCGAAUCGUGACGGGUCCAUUGAGAGGAAGACCGCCAAUCACAUCGUCACAACCACUGCCGCCGUCAGCACCCCCCCUAUCGUCACUGUUCAUACUCAGAACGUCAGCCAGGCUGAGCACAGGCUCCACCCCCAGGGCCUUUCUACUAUACGGGUCACUCCGGGGGAUGGCAGCACAUCUGGAUCUGGAGGCUGCGGCGGCAGCAGAGGGGCACGUGGGGAGAGCGCUUCUGAAACCGCCUCCGUUGCUUCCAGCCGGGAGUCCACGCUGCGGAGAAAAGGCAAUAAUAUCAUCCUGAUACCAGAGAGGGCCGACAGCCCCGAUAACGCACGCAACAUUUUCUACAAGGGAACAUCGACGACUCCCGCUUUCAAGGACUAAUGUGAGGAGGGAGACUCUCGACACGACAGAGCUAAUAAUGCAAGACCGCUGGAUUUCAUUCAGCACCAGACAGUGUUACCUGCCAUUGUGUAAAUCAUGCCAACUUCAAACGAAAAAAGGUUUUAUUCUGCAUGAGAUUUUUGUACGUGUUUACACUAAUUCACAACCUUUUUAAGUGUUGGAGAAAAUAAUCACUGUGUACCUUUUGUGGUCACUCCUGAGGAAACCCAUUGUAGUGUUGAUGGCGUGCCAGUGCUUUGGGGACAGGAGAGCUUUUUAGAUAACAGUUCUGUGUGUACUGGAUAUGAAUCCCCAGAAAAAGAAAAGUAGCACAGUAACGUUCAAACUGUAUUUACCUGCACUGUAAAUACUGUGUAAGUUUCAAAAGGGUGCUACGCCACAAAAUACUAUUUACUAUACAGCAUACUGUAUGAAUAGAUAGAUAAAGAAUGAAUUAUUUUAGAGUGAGCAUCAAUGACAUCAAUGUGUCACAGAGAUAUGUUUUGUACUUCAUCUCUUUCGUGUAUAGAAACCACAUACGCAACAGAAUACUGUUUGGAACCAUAAGUGUGCUUAGCAUUCCUUCUGUAGCUAUGACUCAAUUAUGCUGUGACUUGCACUGAAAUAUGCGUUUACUGUACCUUGUAUAUUGUAAACCCUGACCUUAUAUCCUGUACUUACACCUGGAUGUCCACGCCAGUCUUAUACCUGUAGCACAAAACGGGGAGCAAAGCAGUUGAAUCGUCUGCUUAUUUAGAAACAAGAAACAAGUUUUGCACUUCCAAAAGUCAGUGCAAUACUUACCCCUAACCCCUGACCCCUAGCCCCCUACCCCUAACCCUCAAAGAACCCCGCGGAAUUUGGCAGGUUACAGUCUGUUUAAAAGCAAUAUUUGUAGCUUUCAAAUUAGAAUUAGUAAAACCCAAAAUGCCAACAUGAACAGAAUCACACACUUCAUUUUAGUUGUUGUAGUGUUUGAGAGACGUCUGAGCACGUCCACGGGCAACUCUCCGUUUAAACAACGAGAACAUUUCACAGAAACACAGCUGAAAUAAAUCAAAGUGAUGCAACAGACGCGGUUGGGUCUUUGUCUCAAGGACCAAUCUCAUCACCUGGUUCUAUUCAUGUUGGAAGACCUUUUUUACCACCUCAGAAAAGUCUUUAUGCUUAGCUCAACAUAUCAGGGAGCUGCUUCUCUACUGGAUGCACAGAGGGGACACUGAUAUCAAUCUUCUCUUCUGAGUCUGAUAGCAAACCAACAUAUUUCCUAAAUAUUUGUGUCUAUAAAAUAAUCUUUUUCUUAGAAAAAUGUGAAAUCACUUUAGAUCUUUGUUCUUCAUGAGCAGAAGCACUGUGCUAGUCAAACGUCGGACUUGAUUUGUUGUACAGGUACUACAUGUAGCAUUUUCCUUUGGCAAAACUAUACAAUAUUACUGUUCAAUUCUAAUACCUCAGUAUGAUUCUGCGCAUCGAAACCUUCUGGGAUGGUUGGCUUUGGUCAGCAGGAUAAGCAUGCUACAGGUGGUGUUUGCUGGUCUUAGCACUUCUUUACUUUCUACGUACGGCAAUUCUCCCAGCUUAUGUGCUGCAAAGUGAUUUCCUUUUGUUUCAUAAAGAAACCAGCAGAUUUUCUACCAAAUCCAACCUAGUGAUUCAAAUGCUACGUAGUAGAAGUAGUAGUUUAGUUAGGAAAUUAGACAGUGUUUUCUUUUUUUGUAACAUAAUUAAAAGACCAAACCGGAUAGUGGCUGUUAUCUACAGUGGUUUACAUCGUAGUGCAUAUCAAACAUGGAGUAUCUCAGUGGUUAAAUGAGCACUGGACCCUUUGGAUACUAAUUGUAUUUGGUACAGACACAGCACGGGCACCAAUUGGGCCAUAAAAGUGUGAAGUCAGAGCCUAUAUGAGAAAGUUUGCCAAAGCUAGAAUUUUUCAAUGAAAAGAAAAAUAUAUAUAUAUAUAUAUAUCAGAUGUAAUUUUCAGUAUUUGUAUAGUAAUCCAGCAUUAUAAUAUAUUUGAUUUAUUGUAUAGCCCAGUGGCAUUUGCAUGGUCACUUUUCUAUCGUGCACAUCACAGUAUUUUUUAUUAGAAAUUUAAGAAGUGGAAAAUAUUGAAUCUAAAUAUGUGUUAAACAGUUUGUUCUUUAUUUGCGUGUUUCAUAGUGAGUUGUAUGACAAUCCUUUUUUACUUUUACUUAAAUACUGUUGCCAUUUUAGGUCAAUACUACAGACUUGUUUUUUUCUCUUUUGCUUGAAUUAAAUUCAGCCGUGAAAAUUUUAAUUUGAACUGUGUACAGAAUCCACAAAACGGAAAAUGGAAAAAUAUUUUCAAUUCAAGAGGAAUCAAACCAUCAAAAGUAAAUACUUUUAUUCCAAGUAAUCCCGAUGGAUUCAAUAUUUAAAAAAAUGUCUUUGAGUGCAGUUCAUAUAGAUGACUUUUCAAUCAAACAAACACUAACACUGCAGGGUGGAUACCAUACAGCCAAACGUUUGGUUCAAUUCAAAAAGCAGCAUCAUGUUGUCUGUCAUGGCAUUCCUGUACGGACUCUACAGCCCUUUUCUCAUAAAACAUCCACUCUUAUCUUCUUCUUCUUGGCAAACCAGCUGGAGGUGCACACGCCACUGACUGAACUGAAGAGCUUGUGCGUCUCGCAGACCAAAGCGGGCCCUCGUGGACUUGAACACAUUACGGGCUGGCCUUCGCACUGCAACAUAAACAAACAACACGGGCCUACCAGGGUCCGAGCUUUUGGACUGACGUUUACAAACCGACAUCAUAGAACUGCCUUCGAGGGGACAGAAAACCCACAAAAUUGUAUUAUAGGACCAAAUUACUCACUAAGGUACUUCAGACUAGAGUAAGCAACUAAGAGUACUUCUAACGUGGACUAAGUGGUCUACUGUACUACGUCCCACUGAGAAUACUACAUCCGUUUAAACCUCAAAGAAGACUUCUAUAAUAACACUACACAAUACUGACAUUGUGAAACUAACCAGUGAUGUCAUCAUAUCAUCACGCACACCUUUACAAAGUGGAAAACAAUCGUUACCCAUCAUGCCAUUCGGGUGUGUAAACGGUAAAUAGGGGUCCCCUCAAUACAAACGGUGUACAUUACGCACUACUACUGAGUGUGUCCACUGGACACUCCCUUUGCUCCAAGGAACUGUUGCAAAAAACAUUGAAGACCUUCAGAUAAACUCGUACGUUUUAGCUGGAAGCCUUAACACCGUCCGUACUCCCUUUAGGACACUUAGACGUGACAGAAGUGUAUCCAGAGGAAUAUAUCAAUUGGAUAAAAAUAAAAGAGAUAUAACUUUUAUAAGUCUAUGGCAUUUAAAAAAAUACAAUGUGACAGAUGAAAUGCCUGUGAAAUCAAAGAGUGAACUGUGACACGUGGGUAGAAGUGUAGGUUCUAUAAGUAGAACUGUGACUGGAUGCUCCCUGCAUGUUUAGCCUCUUGUGUUGUCCUUGAAUGAAUAAUUCACGUGUUCUGAUACUGUGAUCAGCUGUAUGAAUUCUAUGCAGCAAAAAUAAAAGAAUAAACAAAUGGAUUUCCCAUCAUUUCAGUCCAAAAGGGCAAAACGUUUUUGUGUAAUGUGAGAAAUAAUAUGGAUCGCAUUAAAGAGUUGAAGCAUUCACACUGAUUAUUCCGAGCACGUUGAUCAAGGUGCACAUGUCCAUUGUCCAAAUGAUUUGAAUAAAUGUUUGCUAUUGAGACCAAUCACUGUAUGUCCUCUCAUCCAUGUAAUCAGAUUCAGAUUGUGUUUUUAAAGCCACAGAAAAACAUCAUUUUUCUUAAGGAGCUGAUUAUUCCACAGUAAAAUCUUGCUUUGAGUCAUCAAAUAUCAAGUCGAUUACAAGAAGGACUUUUAAAAAAUAUGUAGCCUCAAUUAUGGUUAAACCCAUGUUUAGGCUGAAUGUGGAAUACAAAUACCUUGUAUGCACUUCUGAGUCAAUUUCCUAUUUUGAAUUAUGAAGUUGUGUAUGAUUUGAUUUAAUUGAAUUAACAAAGAAAUAAAGCAAAACAAAGCUUGCUAUUCGUA